AACUUCACAGCGUCGCCAGUGCCCCAUCUAGCACAACAGUAGCUGGUGUAGGUUGUAUGUAACAGCGGUGUCUUCUGUCACUGUAUAAAACUGUAGGUAGUUAACAAGCAUGUUAAAGUAAAGUUAGGGGUUUUUCUCAUUAAUCUCUGCUAGCACGAAGUUUAGAAAUUAUCUUGAGGUAGUUUAGGGAGACGGUAAGUGAAGCGUGUAGUUCAUGAGAGUGAGCUUUUACACUUCAUGUAAAAAUAGGUUGAGGCUUGAGGGGCCUUCACGGUGCAUUUUUUUUUUACACACGGCUUUUAUCAUGUCAAAUGUGCACUGCUAUGAAACUAAUCCUCCUUUUCAUGCUCUGAACUAUGUAGCUCCACCUGUUUGCUGAGGGUUGGUUUCGACAAAUAGCCUGACACUGUCAAAAACUGUCUGCAUCUCACUCCUACACUGAGUGUUUGCUUUAAUUGCAAUUUCUCACGGUCUCUAAAGCCAAUUUACCUGCACAUUCAUCUUAUUUUAAAGUCUGAAAAGCAUGGCCUCCAUGUCUCCAAACAAUUUCUCCUGGGUUGAACCGGGCAAGUUGGCCGGAUUGGCACUACCCAGAAUGACUUCUGAUUACCAGUACCUGCUGGACAACGGUAUAAAACACCUGGUUUGCCUGUGUGAGAGAAAACCACCCUACCAUGACACGUGUCCAGAUUUACAGCUGCACCAUAUCAAGAUCGCAGACUUUACCCCACCGUCACCGAGUCAGAUUGACAGAUUUCUCUCCAUUGUUGAAGAGGCCAACACCAAGGGGGAGGGCGUGGGAGUUCACUGCAUGCACGGCCAUGGCAGAACAGGGACCAUGCUGGCCUGCUACCUGGUGAAGACGAGGAAGAUAUCGGGGAUCGACGCCAUCAACGAGAUCCGCAGGAUGCGCAAAGGCUCGAUCGAAACCCACGAUCAGGAGAAAGCUGUGGUCCAGUUUUAUCAGCGCACUAAGUAGCUUUCUCAGUUAAGAAGCACACAGUCAUCUGAUUUGACAUAUAAGCUUGAAAUGAGAAGAAAAAGUGUCCUGACUACUUUGCUAAUGUCCAACUUUAUUAACUAAUAGAAGAGUAAAUUCCAAAGAGCUGACAAAUGAAAACGCUGAAUGUUCUGGAGAGCAAUGCACACACAGAAACCACAGAAUGUUGCUGUGACAUUUCAGUAUGACAAAAGUUAGAAAUACAUCUACAUGUCCAAGCUGCCUUUUUUACAUGCUACUAUAUAUUUUACACUUUCACCAGCAUAUCAUUUCAAGGCUUUAAAAGGGCCGAUCCAACAAGAACAAAAAGUACAACAAUAACUAUACAAGCAUCACUUAAAAAUAGUUCUGACUCAAGUCACCUGUAGGUGGCAAAAAUGUAAUUUUGAUCAACAGAUUGAACAACAGAAAUACUGACAGCCAACCAAUAAUCUACCAGAAGUUAGUGGGCAGUGGGCAUCACAUUUCAAAUCAUAAUUUUACUUGAGACACGCUGCCAAACAGUUUUUAAUGCUGACGGGUUUCUGGAAUUUGUUGUGUCCAUACUUACCUUUUUAACAGUCACCAUGAUGCCAUCAACAGUGUGGAUCUCAUAGUGUCAUAUCUAUCAUUCUAGUUAUUAUUCUUGUGUGUUGCCGUGGGCAGCGCUCGAACCUUCCUUUAUACACUGGGCACGAGGGAAAACAGACGCUGACGCUCCUUGAACGUGAGCUUUUCUGGAGCUGAUGCCCUCCUGGUUUUCUCCUCCUGGUUCCUGUGAACAAACGAGUGCUUGAAUUGUGAAUACUUAAAAACCUUUUGGGACGCAAACCGUAGGCUGUUCUGUUGUAAAAUAUAUUUACAGAGAACAGAUUUAUUUCACUCAGGGAUCUUACAAACUCUUUUAUAAAAGUGUGAUCAAAGUUGAUUUUGUUUUCGGUUGUUUUGCUUCGACAGUUUAAAACUCACUCUCUUGAUGCAACGGUGUGCAAGUCAUUAGUCCGUCCGCUUGAUUUCUGAUCUGCCAGAAACAUGUAAAUGUUAAAAUGUGCAUAGCAAAGUAAACUGUCUGAUGAGCUCCAAGUAUUUGAAAUAAAGAAAACUGAAAGCAAAUUCUA